UGUUUAUAGUUCUAUAAUAUAAAAUUUUGUGUAUAAUAGUAUUUAUAUUAUCUCAGUUUUUAAAAUAUUUAUUUCUUUUUAUUAAAAAGUAUAUUUUAUUUAUUUUUCUACAAUCACCACAACUAUAAACGGUAGCUAUCCGGUUUUUGAUUUUAGAGGUUUAAAAUGGUGUAAGAUAGUUUACAACGUUUUUAUGAUUAUUGUAAAAUGCGAAAAAGGGUACUAUCCGCUGCAUUCCCGCUUAGCAACAAAACUAAGCAAACCUUAAAUAGUUAGUGGCUCGACCAAUUAAUGCGCCCAACCCUCAAGUUAUGGGCUCCAUGAAAGCAUAUGUAAAUUGGGCUUUAGUUUUUUUUUAUCUCGUUUUGAAUUCAACACCAAACAAGCCCAAACCUGGACACGCAGAAGAGGGAAGAUAUAGUAUACACGCGAAACGGUCGAGAAAGGUUUCCUCCAAAUCAAUCGAAUGAUGUUAUCUAGCACCACACCACAUGUCCAACAAUAUUGCUUAGAGAUCAGAAACGUUUGAUUUUAACUAACUUUGUUUGUUUUUAACCUUUUGCCCCGUUUGUUGUCAUAUCAGAAAAGCUGGAGUGCUUCUUGUGAUAAGACUUUCCAACACAUUACACUUUUUUUUUUGGUAAAAUGUUAAAUUAUUAUUAUAUCAAAUUUUCAAUUAUUUUACAAAAACACAAAAAAAAACAAGUAAUAAAAUGCAUAAAUAUAAACUAAACAGAGCACCAAGUGAAUAAGCAAAUUCUAUUACGACAGACUAAAACCGUCAAGGCGAACCGGAGUUAGCGUAGCGUUGAUGGUCCAAUGGAAAGUAUGAGCGGACUGAGACCCCGGUUGCCGCGAGCUCCCAGAGAAAGGCGGCUCAAACCUUUAUGCAACGGGUAAAACCUACAACUUUCGAAAAACCCAAUCAUCAAUACCUUCACAAAGAAACACAUCACGGAACAUCGAACCCAUUCAAAAUCACCACACCGACAGCACGAAAAGGAGUCCUCUAACAGGCGGUGCCAUCGUUCGAGGAGAAGAACUGGAGAUUGCUGUUACCAACCCUCUAACCCCGGGACCAUAUACACCCAUUUAACCCACCACAUACGCAGAGUAAUGGGACUUGCCGGACACACCUUCUCCAGAAGAAGCGACCUUCGAACUAGCAAGAGGCCCAAGUGCCAAACUAACUACAAUCCACACUUAAAGGACUGGGCUGCUUACACAGAAGCUACACCACCACAAGAUGAUGAUUUAUUUUGGGAAAGAAGAGAGACAUACACGUUGCCACAAUCAAGAACCCGACUCUAGGAGACAUAGACACCAAAGAGACGCGGAUGCUGUCUCGUGACCCUUCACGCGCUGCCACUGAAACCUCCAAAACGCGGCCGACAACACCGAAAGAAGAAGCUUCCCACACGUACCCACGACUGAGAACCAGCCACAUGAUUUCACAUGAGCAAGGCGGAUCCGGAUGGGACCAAGAAACUGAGGUUAAAUCCAAGCCAAGAAGCAGAUACCUCACCGCAAUGAUGAUACAAUGAAGAACCGCCGGACAAUAACCUCAUCUGGACUCUACGCGCCCGACAAACUUCUGGCCGGAACCCUAGCUUCGAAAAAAAAAGGCAGAACACUCCAUCGAUCUGAGCAAGCAUUAGAGAGGAUUGAUGCCGGUUCAAGCCCUCUCUUCUCCACAGUCUUGGUACCGACAGAUCUAUUGAAAGAUUUCCUGUGAGAGACGGCACCGACCACCCACAAGCCGACUCCGUUGACAUUCCUUCACUCCGAACGUCGUCGUCACACCAGUGUUUCCACCACACAAGCCAAACCAGUGGAUUUAUCACGACUAGAAAAGUGAUUUGAGGAGGCGUUUAAAACCAGAGCUUCAACAAGACGUAAACAAAGAAAAGAGAGAAUAAGUUAGCUCCCGACGAUGGUCAAAGGAACCACCGCCGCCGGAGGCAAGACGGAUUAGGGUUUUGUUUCAGAGGAUUUGGAAGAAAAGAGAGAGAAGAGAGAGGGAUGCCGAGCACAAGCAUCCAUUACAAAUGUUCACUGCAUUAUAGCAUAUGCUCGCUAUUUCGUUGACAUUAUAGAUUCACAAAAAAAGAAGACAUUAUAGAUUGACAUUUAAAUCCUAUGUGCUCUGCUAGCUUAAACUCUAUAAAAAUCUAAGGAACAAGUGAUGAGGAAUAUAUGCGGCCGCGGCACCGCCUUAGAUUCUCAAGCAAGACUCAAAAUAUAUUUGAACCAAAAUGAACCUUACUUUUAGACUCAAGUUCUAGCGAGGCCAAAAAUUCUUUUGUGAAUAAAGAAAACAUGUUGUGCAUAAAGUUCAUAAUAUUAUAUUAACAAGGCUGUCAUGUCAAAAUUAGGACAACUUUUCUCCAUUCCUUCUUUAAUCUUAUAAAGUUUCUCUUUAUUAUUUCUUAAAGUUAGGCCGUCUUAAGGAGAAUUAUGCCUUAAUUAAACUAAUUCCUCAUUGAUCUUUCUCUCUCUUUGGUUGUUUUUCCCCACAUGGUCACACCCAGGAGAAUAAAGAUGCUUAUCUUGAAUGCUUAGAAAUCUUUAUUAAAAAUAACAAAUUGGGAACCCCUUUUGAGUAGAUAAUCCCAUUUAUACUUGAUUUGGUGAUAAGACUGUUUAUUUUUGAAACUGUUAAAAAGAUUCUUGAUGCUCUUCUAAAACCACUGGUAAAACCGUAAAAGUCAUGCAAAACACGUAUGACUUUUUAAAUCAUGCAAAAUUCCAAUUAGUUUCAAUCUAACUUAAGACAAGCAAUACCUUAGUUUUUCUAUAAAAAAUUGAUGCAAAACGUUUUGUAUUAAGGCUAAUUUCUUCAAAAGUUGAUGUAACAUUAGCUCAAAGUUUUAGUCAAAAAACAUUAACUCAAAGCUUUAUCAAGCGGGAUGGAGAGACUGGUCGAAUUUAGGAUGUAUUUUUUCUCUCGAACAUUGGUCCUUUAAAAUCAUCUAGGGUCUGGUCCUGGCUAAAGCAUAUUCACAUUUUGACUAUCCUGGUCAUACACUUUCUUUAAAGGAUUGGCUUACGCUAGCGACUUUUUGUGUGACUGAGGUUGAAUGCUUUUGUUGGGGCAAACAAAAUUAGUUUCAUUGGGUGUGCCAGAAGAAACUAUCUAUUUUCCUUUUCUUUCUUUGGUUCAAAACACUUUUGCAUUUAAAUGAUGUUCGUCUCAACUUUGUAUGUCUUAUGGGUCUUACUCAUAAUUUCCCUUUCUUCUCAACAUCCCCACCUCCCCCCCUAAUAAACACGGCCAGCAUCAUGGAAAAUAGCUAAGUUGGUGAAUUUGUAUAGGUUUUGUUCUGCAUAGUGUUCUAAAAAUUGUUUUACACACUGCAAAUCGGUCAUAAACAAAACCAUUUUCUAAACCACCGCCUAAGCAUCUAACUAGGCAUUAAUCACGUAUGAAGCUCUAAUUGUCGGUUUAUAAUUUGUUUUUUUUUUUUUUAACUUUGGUGCAACAACUACAUGCCGCCUGUUUCAGUUUAACGUAAAAGAAGCAAAUUACUCAGUAAGUAAUUUUUAAAAUUUGAUUCAAAACAUUCUACGUUGUUUUUGUAAAAGGCCAAACUUAUCAAAAGCUGGUGGCUACAUUGGCUACCUAAAUCUUUAGCAUGUGGGCUAGAGCGACGGGUUGAUUUCACAUUCUGUUCUUCUCGUAAACGCAAGUGCUUUAGCAUAUGGGGUCUGAUCCUUGUCAAAGCAAACACAUUUGACUGUUGUGGUCAUACACUUUCUCGAAAGGACUGGUUUAUGCAAAUAGAUUUUUUGGGUGGUAGAGUUUGAAAUCUUUUUGUUAGGGCAAACAAAGUUUUCUAAUUUUUAUUAAAGGAGAAAAUAAUUGAUUGGGUGUGCCUGAAGCAACUAUCUAUAUUCCUUUGCUCUCAUCAGUCAGAAACACUUUUGCAUUCAAAUGAUGUUGGUCUCCCUUUGGAUCUCUUUUGGGUCUAAGCUAAUAAACAAAACCCCAUUUCCUUCCUUUUGUCUGUCUUAAAUCUGGAAGAAACAGUUGAUGAGUUUGUGUUUAUUCUCACAACUUUUCUAUUUUGGUCCCACAAGUCCUCUGUAACUAAGCAUUUAUCAACUUCUGCAUAAAUUUAAACGUCAUUGAAACCCCGAAAAUUUGAACAAAGGGGGUCUUUGGAAAUGAAAUGAUGUAUUCCCUUGGUAAUGGUCUGUGCAUAUUAGGUAAGCAACGUUAAAAUAUAUAGUCCUAGUAGCAUUCAUGAUUUAAUGAAAGAAAUAGAAGCUCUCUUGUGAAUGGUGACUUGAGCCUUAACGUUCAAAUUAAUUUCGUGUCCUCUUAUAUUACAGAUACAUAUAUAUGUUGUGUAAGUUCUAGGUUGAAUCAAUAAAAGAAAGACUAAAACACUGCAAAUAAAACUAAGUGAGACCUACUGUCCUUUUAAUAUUAUUUUUAUCAGUUUUGUGAAUAAAUAAAUUAUAAAAUUUUAAUCUUUAUAUUUAUAAUACCUCAAAACUCUGAUUUUUUGUUUAUUUGAUAAAAGAGAAAACUCUAUAAGCAAAAUAUUUUAGGGGCCUUCGCCCGUUAUAUUCUUCUGCUUGCUCAAGUAAAACCCUUAAGCAUACUUAUAUUAUUUUGUCACCUAAAAACAAAGAAUCGUGUUUGAUUUCUAAACGUUCACAUACUUUUCCUUAAUAAUGAUUGAUGGAUCAUUGCUCUUUUUGUUUUAUGGCAAAACAUAUUUGUGUUUUCCUCAUUUUGAAUUUAUACACAUAUGCAUGGUUAAGUGAUACUUUAGCUUCUUUUAUAGAAGCAUUGGCCAGAGGAAGUGAGUGCAAUGGUACUUGUUGCAGUGAAUAGUGGCUUUCAGGUGAAUGCUUACAUAAAAACACGUAAAAAGCUGCAGAAAAGAUGAUUGGGGAAUGUAAGGAAGAUUUCUUGUUUCUUGUGAGGAUAUUGUAUGAAAGUUAUUCUUCAAUUUUCCCUCAUACGAAAAGAUAAAUUUAUUUACUAUUUCAUUAGUCUUUCGGGACAUACAUAUCUAUAGUGGGAAUAUAGCUUAUAUGAUUCUCUUACCAAAGUGUAUAAAUCUUAUUGAAGAUUCCAAGGCAAGUUGAAUGGUGGUGCAUUUUUCUCUUCUUUCUAUGCAAUGGCAUGCUUCAUGUGUGUGUGAGAGAGAGAUGUUUUCAUCAAAGUAGGAGUAUAAUAGAUAGGUAAAGCUCCUUGUACCAAUUACUGCAAUAAUCUCAUGUUUGAAUAAUCCAUACGCGGAAUCAUUUUUUUUUUUUUUUGGUAACAAUGCUAAGACAAUCAUAGAGAAUCAUUUCUUUUUGUUCAUUGAUUUACAUCAUUCCUUAAUCACUGUUUUUUUGGUUAUAAAUUCUUGAAAGAUUGAUAGGCAUCUACAAUUUUAGCUUUGUGUGCGUAUACAUAUAGUGUUAAUGUGCAAUCAAGUUAAGAUAUUAAUGCAUGGCCUGGCAUGUUUAUUAUUGGUACGAGAAUCAAACUUUUCUUCUGUUAUGUUGCAGUUAUAAAAUAAUUGAAUUCACAGUUCUGCUUUUAUGAAUAAAUAUAUCUUGUUUUCUUGUUUUUUUUUCUUUCUUGUUCUCGAAUACGUUAUGUUCUUAUAUUUUGAUUUGUGUUCCUGUUACUGAUCUGAAACUUAUUUCAUUAGAACAUGAUUAAUCCGUGUUCUUAUGGUGAGGUUCUUAGCUUCGACUAAAAACCGUUUUUUAGCUUUUAAUUAAGAAAAACCAAGAACCAUCUAUUAAAUAAGAGAUAUAAGAGCUGACUCUUAGCCGAAAAGUGUAAAAACAAAAAAAACAAAAAAAUAUCAAAUCAUGAAUUAAUAUCUCCAAAUUAAGAGUUUGGAUUAAUCAUGCUGUUAUGCGCAUGAAAAUGAUUGGUCGUGUUGGUAGCAUAUACAAUCAAAGACUAUCCCCACCAAGGUCCAGGAGACUAGCUUGUGCGCUUUCUUUUAUUAUUUUUCUUGUUUCAAAACACCUUCGUUUCCUCUUGCCUCUCGUUUUAAAAAUGGAAUAUAUGGUCCAAAAGCUACGCACUCUUACGAAAGGAACGAAAGUGAAUGAUACAUAUAUAUAUCUGUGAUGGGCCAGAUGGUUUGGUUUGCUUUUUAAUGUUUUGAUAAAUUAGGAGCUGAUCUUAGGAGAUUACGAAAUCGCCUAUAAUAUAUUUGGAUGUAACUACUAGAAAAAAUAUCAUUUAUGUAUAAAUUAUAUUUCCUAUUUUAUUAUGUAAGAGUUUGAUAGACAAGUAAUGUAUUUGUAUAAAUAAGUCUAUUGGUUACAUUAAUAAAAUGAGAAAAAAUAUUUUACGAGUUUUCUUCAAACUUAUCAUGGUAUCAAAUCCAUAGAUCUAAUUACUACCGGACCGGUAUUGUUAUUAUUUUUUCUUUAAAAAAAUGGUUUUCAUUACGUAAUAUUUUCUUCCAAUGUGUAGUUCUUAUUUACUACUUUCACUUCGUGACGAGUUUUGAUUAUUACAAUUAUGUUUUCUUUUCUUUGAAUUUUUGUUUUUUGAAAAAGGCUUCUUUUUCUUUGAUUUAUUUUCUUAUGGUUAUUUUGCUACUAUAGUUGGAGUUUCCGCCAUGGGUUCGAUUUCUCUUGGCCACCUAUAGACGCUUUAAUUGGCAAAAAAACCCGGAUUUCUGUAGGUCUCUUGGUGAUUAGUUCUUGGGCCUCAAAAGCCUUUGGAAUCAUACCAAGAUUAUCAAAGAAAAAAAAUGGUUAUUUUGCUUCUACAAAAAAAGACGUGGCCUCAUACUACAAAGUCAGUGAUUGAUAAUAUUAUUAUGGAUUAUGAGCAUGGACCAUUGAUGGAUCCGUUCAUGUUCACUUGUGUAAUAUUUUCUUAUUCAAUCUUCAUGUGGCUAUUUAUCAAUUACAACUUCGAUGUAGUCACGAAUGUGACGACUCCAGCGGGUAUAUACGGAUCCAGUGGAGUGAUGUUUUGAUGAUGUUGCUGUGGACUUUGAGCAUGGAUCAGAAAUGUUCGUUCAGUUUACUUUGUAGCAUGAGACGAUGAAGAUACACAACUACUACGGUAUAUUUUAUUGCGAUGACCAUGGUGAGGUAUAAACGAUAUUGAUAACUUUGGCGAGGUAUAAAUACUACUGAUAGCCUUAUGAUGAGGUAUAAACACCAUGAAAAUGAUUUGAUGAUUGUCCACUCUCAUACGUGUUAUCAUAUAUAAGUUUGUGGGAGGGUAUUAGGAGAUCUUGGAGGAUUACAAAAUCGUUUAUAAUAUAUUUGGAUGUAACUAUUAGAAAAUAUCAUUUAUGUAUACGAGAUAGCCUAUAAUAUAUUUGGAUGUAACCAUUAAAAAAAAAAUAUCAUUUAUGUAUAAGUUAUAUUCCUAUUCUAUUAUGUAAAGAGUUGACAACUUAUCUAACCAAAUAAUUUUAAUUCUCUCUCGCGACAAGAAUGACGAUAUAGGUUUCGAUGGUUUUCCGACGAUGGGAUCCGGGUCUUUGCUUACGAGAUUAGGUCGUCACGGGGAUUCAGGAACACGCUUCUGAUAGCCAGAAACGAGGAUUUCAAUCGGAUCACUUGGGGAUAAUUUUGGGGUUCAAUAAGGAUAUUUGGGUGAGGUUAUGGAAAAGCAAGAUUUCGAUGGAUUGGAUUGGGUAUCCGUUCGGUAUCAAUAUGGAAUCGUGGAACAAUAAAGAGUCAACUCUUGAAUAACAAUGAGGUACUGAAGAAUGGCGAGGGUAUGCGCAAGAAACUGAAGAUCUCAGUGGCCCAUUUCGACAACUCGGCCUUGAUCAAGACAUAUUCCAAAACCCUGAUUGGAAGGUGUAUGAAUCCAGCAGAGCAGCAGAUGAAGGCACUGUUCACUAAUCUCCCGAAGAUAUGGAAAUUGGAGGAAAGAGUUACUGGUAUGGAUUUGGGAUUUGGAAAAUUUCAGUUUGAUUUUAAGACUGAGGAGGAGCUCGAAGGGGUACUGAAGCAGAAACCGUUCCACUUUGACUAUUGGAUGCUAGCUUUGGCAAAAUGGCAACCAAAACAAUCUAAGGCUUUCCCAUCAGAGAUCAUGUUCUGGGUCCGCGUCAUUGGUCUACCGCUGGAGUUCAGAACGGUCCCUACUUUUGAAAGUAUUGGUGGUGCUUUGGGAAGAACGGUGGCAGUGGACUUGGAUCAGAAUCGGGUUCAGGUAGUGAUUGAUGCUUUCAAGGAACUGUGUUUCGAAACAAGCAUCGAUUUUAAAGGUGGAGAGUUCUAUGAAGAGGAGGAAGUGGCGGUUUCACUAUGCUACGAGAAGCUGUUUGGCUAUUGCAAACUCUGCGCUUGCCUAUGCCAUAAGGAGGAGGUUUGCCCAAAGGCUCCAAAAACGAGUCCGGAGCGAUAAAGGGAAAUCAGAGAAGGGAAUGGAGGAUGGUUUGAUGAGGCGAAGCAUGAUGAGCGAGCUAGGAGCUACAAGGGUGUAGUUAUUAACGGUAACAUGGGACAACAGAAUAAAGAAAGAGAAGAAAGGGAGUAUUACGGGAAGGGCAAGGGGAAAAUGGCUGACGUACAAGAUUCCAAAUGGGUUAAGGUGGCGGAGAAGGGACAUAGGAGACCUUACAACAAUCAAGGAAACUACAGGGGAGAUGGUGAGGGCUCGAGGUACAAGCCUGGUCGAGACGACGCGAGAAAUGAUAACUCGGAAUUGGGAUUUGGAGUCCAAGAAACUCGGACUGGAAUUUCCUCGGGGCAGUCUGGAACAGUCCAGGAGCAGAGGGGGCCACCUAAGGAAGAUAGAGAGGAGGGGGAGAUAAAUAACAAUGGUGAGGAAGAUACGAGGUUGCCUUCCCGAGAAUUUCAAAUGGAGCUAGCUAAGACGCAAGCGGAGGGGACAGAGGUGAUAGUGGGAACUACUGAUGAGGAGAGGGGCUUGAACAUGAUCAAUGGAAUGGUUGAGAAGCGGGAUUAUACUGAAGAGGAUCUAGAAAUGGAGAUAGAGGCAAUUAAUGCUACUCUUCUGGAGAAUGGUGAUGAUAUGGAGGAAGAAGAGGAGUUUCAGACACUCUCGGAGGAGGAAGCUGAGCAAGCUUCACGAGCUCAGGUACUGAGUGAGCACGCGCUGGAGGAAGAGAAGAUGGUGAAUGGGGAAGCUGAUGGGGAGAAGGGCACGGGACCAGAAGUGGGAGCGACGAAGCAGGGAAACCGCAAGAGGCUUUACAAGCCUUCAAUUAGUACUGCAGGGAGCACCAAGAUGAGAUUGGCAAGUGCACUGUUGUCUCCACGCAAAAGGGCUGCGGCAAAAAUGGGGCCUCGUCAGGGAGAUAGCAGCAAACCACCGGAGAGCAAGGGUCCUUCAAACCCGAAGCUGGUUAAUCUUAAAUUCUAAGUUUUAUGGAUCACGCCUUUUUUGUAACAUUAAGCAAGAAGGAUAUGGUUUGUGGGCGGGUGUUUUUAUUUAUUCGAAUAAGCUCUUUGAGUAUUGGGAUAUUUUUUGGUUUUACGGUUAUAAGGAAAGUCGUAUUUGGGGUUUUUCUUUGGAUUCUUGUUAUGUUUUGGAAUAAAAAAAUUUUCUGGUGUU